AUGUCUUUGCAACUACGUUCAUCAUUGCCAUAUGAGUGUAAUCAAGUACUGCAUCCAUGGCAUAAGAAUUGCAUUCCAGCUGCAUGGAUGCUUACAAAACCAUGUUUUAGAGAAUCAUUCAAAAUUUAUUGUGUUUUAUAUGGAGUUACAGGAUUAAUAAAAUUAAGAAAAAUUAGAACAUUAAAAGAUUUUCGCAAAUUUUUAUUUGGAUUAGUUAAUGAUAUACUUCAAUCAACAGCUUUUCUUGGUACACAUGGACUUAUUGUUAUGCCUGCAUAUUGUGCUGGACGACGAAUACUUGGUGGUAUAAAUUAUUAUGGAAUGUAUUUUCAAAGUUUAUGUUGUACUCUUCUUACUAUUUCGAUCGAACGUAAACAACGACGCGGUGCUUUAGCUCUUUAUAUGGCUAAUUUAGCAGCAGAAGUUUUAUUUAAAAUGGCCGUUCAACGAAGAAUAAUCACACCAAUUCCUAAUGGAGAAAUACUUCUGUUUUCUAUUUCUUCAGCAAUUUAUACAUAUAUGCUAAAAACUACAGCUGAACAUAAACAUAACAGUUUAUUAUUUUCGAUUGUCAAAUUACUCAUUGGUAACGAAGAAUGUGCUCCUUCAUUAAAAAUCGAAGAACCUGCCAAACCAAAACGAAAAUCAGUAUAUUUUGCAGUAGUUUAUAAAUAUUUAAAAUAUAUUAAACAAUGGCCUAAAAUUCAAAAUAAAAAUCAUCCAAUAUGUAAACAUAAAUAUCAUUGUCUUAUUCAUAUACUUCUGGGUUUUCUAAAACGUUUUUCAGUUGGUGUUUUCAUACAAUUAAUUUUGCAUUUUACAAGUUCUCCACUACGAUUUUUACGACAUCCGACAUUAUUUUUUUAUACAUUAAAUAGAAAUGUAUUUAAUUUAGGAAAAUUUUUUGGUUUUUAUUCAGCUAUCUAUCGAUUAAUCAGUUGUUUAUUACGUAAUAUUUUAAAAUAUGAUCGACCUGAACAUGGUCUUCUAGCUGGUUAUUUAGCCGGAUUUUCAAUGAUAUUUUAUAAAAGUUCAACUUUAGCCAUGUAUAUGAUGGCGAAAUUAAUUGAAAGUAUUUAUUUUAAAUAUGCUGCUGAUAAAAAAGUACCAAUUAUUCCAUGGUUUGAUUCAGUAUUAUAUGCUUUAUCAACUGCACUUGUUUUUCAUGCCGCAAUUAUUGAACCACAAGCAAUGCGACCAGCUUAUUAUAAAUUUCUCGAACGUCUUACCGGUGGACAUUUUUCUGAAGUUAAUCGACCUAUGAUGGAUUGUUUUGGUGUUUGUUCUUCAAAACUGUUUCCAAGUUAUAAAUUACCAUCACUCAAAUAA